AUGGCGUCGGUCCAUCGCCAGUACACCACUCUCAUCCUCGAUCUUGGCGACGUCCUCUUCCGCUGGUCACCGAAGACAACGACCCCCAUCCCCCCUCGCCAACUCAAGGAGAUCCUCUCCUCCGUCACCUGGUUCGAGUACGAGCGCGGCCGGCUGACUCAGGACAAAUGCUAUGCUCUCGUCUCCGAGGAGUUCGGUAUCGACAGGGACGUCAUCGCCGAAGCGUUCAAACAGGCGCGUGAGUCCCUCCGCCCGAACGAGGAGUUCAUCGAGCUGGUUCGCGAGCUCCGCCGGACUGCGCCCGGGGAGCUCACCGUGCUCGCGCUCUCCAACAUCUCCCUCCCCGACUACGAGUACAUCAUGGACCACAACUCAGGGUGGACCACCAUCUUCGACCGCGUCUUCCCCUCUGCGCUCGUGGGUGAGCGCAAGCCGCAUCUCGGCUGCUACCGCAGGGUUAUCUCGGAGAUGGGCAUCGAGCCGCAAACGGCCGUCUUCGUGGACGACAAGCUCGACAACGUCGCAUCUGCGCGUUCGCUCGGGAUGCACGGCAUCGUGUUCGACAACCAGGAGAACGUCUUCCGACAGCUCCGGAAUAUCUUCGGGGACCCUGUGCGUCGCGGGCAGGAGUACCUUCGCAAGCACGCGGGCAAGCUGGAGUCGGUCACCGACGUGGGCGCCGUGUUUGAGGAGAACUUUACGCAGCUAAUCAUCUACGAGCUGACCGGGGAUAAGUCCCUAAUCACGAUUUCGGAUUGCCCUCGGACAUGGAACUUUUUCAGAGGGAAGCCGCUUUUCUCGGAGACGUUUCCCGAUGACGUGGACACUACCUCCGUUGCUCUCACGGUCCUCCGUCCGGACGAGUCGCUCGUAUCGUCUAUCCUCGACGAGAUGCUGCAGUACGUAGAUGCGGAUGGCAUUAUGCAGACGUACUUUGAUCACUCCCGGCCUCGCAUGGACCCGUUCGUCUGUGUCAACGUCCUGUCCCUGUUCUAUGAACACGGCCGUGGGCACCAACUGCCACGAACUCUCGACUGGGUUCAUGAGGUGCUCCUCUAUCGCGCCUACCACGGCGGCUCGCGAUACUACAUGUCCCCCGACUGUUUCCUCUUCUUCAUAAGCCGCCUUCUUCAGCGCGCCAACGACCCCUCCGUCCAAGCCCGCCUCCGUCCACUUUUCAUCGAGCGCAUCCGCGAGCGUAUCGGUGCUGCCGGCGACGCGAUGGAGCUUGCGUUCCGGAUACUCGCGGCGACGAGCGUCGGCAUUGCAUGCCCACGGGACGCCGAGAAGCUCAUUGCGCAGCAAUGCGCUGAUGGCGGCUGGGACCUGUGCUGGUUCUACAUGUUCGGCUCCACUGGCGUGAAGGCGGGGAACCGGGGCCUUGCGACUGCGCUCGCAGUCCGGGCGAUCGAGUCGUCCCUCGGUCGGCCGCCCUCUCCAUCUCCGUCGGAGGAGUCUACCGCUACCGCCGCAGUGGCGAAGCCGGAAUUCUUUGCGGCUAUCGCACGCCCUGUCAGCCCCCUCAGCUUCGGAUGCCUCUGCCCGCGCCGUUGGUCCCGGUCAAACAAGCUGGAUAUCAAGACGGUGCCUCUGACGGCCUAA